AUGGCUCAACGUGAUCUCACAUAUAACAGUCCCAACGUGCCGCAGGACGGCGAACAGAACCCGUUUGCCUCUCCUCAAGAUGAGGAUCUGUCGUCGUCGUUCGGCUCCAACCAUAUCUCGUCAUCUCAGCUGGACGAUACCAACUUUCAUUAUGGAAAACCGUUCAGUUCAUACAAUGGUUAUUACCUGAAGAAUGGCACCUCAUCGAAUCUUCUUUCUCAUGAGACAUCGUUGGAGGGAAACAAUGCCCAGAACAGUGACAAUAACAUACAAGUACCAUCGGAAUAUGAUAGGUAUCCUCUGAUGGCAGGUUCCAGGGUAGUCUCUUCCACGUCUCUUUCGUCACACUUGUAUCAAAACAAACAGACACCAAAGAGUGAUGAUACUUCGCUGAGCUCGAACAAGAGCACAAAUCCGUUCAUUGCGGCCACAGACUUUAGUCCCUUUGGUGGAUACCCUGCAUCGUCAUUCCCGCUUCAUAUCGACGAAAAGGAACCAGAUGAUUACCUUCAUAACCCAGACCCCAUUGCCGAUGCUCUGUAUGACAAAAACAGAUUCAUGUAUGAUUUGAAGAACAUGGACCGUCGUUCUAUGGGUGGCCUUUUCGGUAUCAUUUUUCUCGUCAUCGCUGUGAUUUGUGUGUUUAUUCUUUUCCCAGUUCUCACAUACUCCGGUGUCGCCGACCAUUAUACUCCAGAAUCAUAUGAGAUAUUAACACACUAUAAAUAUCCCAUAUUGAGUGCUAUAAGAACGAGUUUGGUGGAUCCUGAUACUCCUGAUGAGUACCUCACCAGAAAAGUCACUACGGGUACUUGGAAAUUAGUGUUCUCGGAUGAAUUUAAUAAAGAUGGUCGUACAUUUUACGAUGGUGAUGAUCAAUUUUUCACCGCUCCAAACUUCCAUUAUGCUGCUACUCAUGAUUUGGAAUGGUACGAUCCAGAUGCUGUCUGGACUGAAAAUGGUACUUUGAACCUUCGUAUGGACGCUUUCAAGAAUCAUGAUUUAUUCUAUAGAUCAGGAAUGGUUCAAAGUUGGAACAAAAUGUGUUUCACCCAAGGUAUGAUUGAAUUUUCUGCUCAACUUCCCAAUUACGGAAAUGUUUCAGGUUUGUGGCCUGGUUUGUGGACAAUGGGUAACUUGGGUAGACCAGGAUAUAUGGCAACUACAGACGGUGUGUGGCCUUACACCUAUGAAGCCUGUGAUGCUGGUAUUACUGCUAACCAAUCCUCUCCUGAUGGAAUUUCGUACCUUCCUGGUCAACGGUUGCCUCUGUGUGCUUGUAGUGGACUGGACCAUCCCAACGUUGGAACUGGUCGUGGAGCUCCCGAAAUCGAUGCUCUUGAAGCUGAGUAUGCUUCAAACUUGAAACUCGGUUUGGCUUCCCAAUCUAUGCAAAUUGCUCCUUUUGACAUUUGGUACAUUCCUGAUUACAAUUUUGCUUCCAUUAACGACGAUACGGUCACUUCAAUCAACUCGUAUGCCGGAGGUCCCUUCCAACAAGCUGUUUCUGGUGUUACUACACUCAACAAUGCGUGGUACGAAAAAUACGAAGAUCCCAAAUUUCAAAUGUAUGGAUACGAGUAUCUCAAUGACGAUGACGAUGGUUAUUGUACUUGGUAUGUUGGUGAGCCAACGUUAACGGUCAAAGCAUAUGCAUUGGGACCCAAUGGUAAUAUUGAUUUCCGCCGUAUCUCAAAGGAGCCUAUGUCUGUCAUCAUGAAUUUGGGUAUUUCCAAUAAUUGGGCAUACAUCGAUUGGCCCUCGCUCAACUUCCCAGUGACGAUGAGAAUCGACCAUGUGCGAGUUUACCAGCCGGAAGAUCAAAUCAGUGUAACAUGCGACCCUGAAGACCAUCCAACCUACCAGUACAUUCAGGAUCAUCUCAAUGCAUACGAAAACGUCAAUUUGACAUCUUGGGAAGAUGCCGGAUACUCGUUUCCGAAGAAUAAGUUACUUCAUGGGUGCUAG